AUGAAUAACAUCGGCAACCCAAUUCUGCAGCGCGAGAUACACAACGAGAUCAAAUCCCUCACCAGCCACAUCAAAAGAGUCGCAAGCUUCGUCUACCCCGGCAAAGAUGUGGAAAUUCUCUUGAGUGCACAAAUCAGAUUCUUGCUUCUCAACGACGAUACCCACCUUUCCGCCAGCUCCACUCUUCAUGUUAAUGCUUCACUCAUCGAACGCGAGUGCGGACGUAUACCCAUCAACAAAGCAGGGCUGCUCAACGCUACGGCUGAAGAUCGCCUCACUGCCACCUUGCGUCUCGCUCUCGAGAUAGACAAGGAAAAGGACCGCCUUCGGGCUAGCGCAACCUCGCCGAGCGGGAUUGCCAACUUCGACUUCGAUGAAUGCUGCAACACCACAUUUUGGACCAGGACCGCCACCUUCCGCUCCAAUGAGCACAAUGACUGCAGAUCCAUCAUUCUUUGGAUCGUGGCAAGCAGGGCCAUCUUCUACUCCAGCAAAUAUGACAACCUCCGCAUCUCCGUUUGGACCGGGACUGCCUUCUCCACCUUCUUCUGUUCCAAUGAGUGCGACAGCGUCGUCUUCGUCUCAGUUUGGACCGGGACCGCUUUCUCCACCUUCUUCGAUUCCAAUGAGUGCGACAACGUCGUCUUCGUCUCAGUUUGGACCGGGACUGGGAGCGCCAUCUCCGACGACUUCAAUGGGAGAUGCGACAGCGUCAUCUUCACAAUGUAA